AGGAAAUGCUAGAACUAGUGCUCUCACCCAGUCUUACUGUAAACAGCACCUGUGUGGGUAAACUGAAGCUUACUGCUGACGCCGAUGUCCGGACUCUGAGUGGCACAGAAGGCAUCACCACAUCGGCCCUUCCACGUGUGUCCCAGCUCUUGGCACGACCUUGCCCACGUGUCCUGUCCAGCCAGCCUCCCACGGCCAUGGCAGCCUACGGCCAGACACAGUACAGCACGGGGAUCCAACAGGCCACCCCCUACACAGCUUACCCACCUCCGGCACAAGCCUAUGGGAUCCCUUCUUACAGCAUCAAGACAGAAGACAGCUUGAACCAUUCCCCCGGCCAGAGUGGAUUCCUCAGCUAUGGCUCCAGCUUCAGCACCCCACCCACCGGACAGAGCCCGUAUACCUACCAGAUGCAUGGAACGGCAGGGAUCUAUCAAGGAGCAAAUGGACUGACUGGCGCAGCGGGGUUCGGAAGUGUGCACCAGGACUAUCCUUCCUACCCUGGUUUCCCUCAGAGCCAAUACUCCCAGUAUUACAGCUCGUCCUACAACCCUCCUUACGUCCCAGCCAGCAGCAUCUGCCCUUCCCCCAUCUCCACGUCCACCUACGUCCUCCAGGAGGCAUCACACAACGUCCCCAACCAGAGUUCUGAGUCGCUUCCAGGUGAAUAUAACACACACAAUGGACCUUCCACGCCCGCAAAAGAGGGAGACACAGACAGGCCGCACCGGGCCUCCGACGGGAAGCUCCGAGGCCGGUCUAAGCGGAGCAGCGACCCCUCCCCGGCGGGGGACAACGAGAUCGAGCGUGUGUUCGUGUGGGACUUGGAUGAGACAAUAAUUAUUUUUCACUCCUUACUCACGGGGACUUUUGCAUCCAGAUACGGGAAGGACACCACGACGUCCGUGCGCAUCGGCCUGAUGAUGGAAGAAAUGAUCUUCAACCUCGCGGACACGCACCUGUUCUUCAAUGACCUGGAGGAUUGUGACCAGAUCCACGUUGAUGAUGUCUCAUCCGAUGACAAUGGCCAAGAUUUAAGCACGUACAACUUCUCAGCCGAUGGCUUCCACAGCUCCGCCCCAGGAGCCAACCUGUGCCUGGGCUCCGGCGUCCACGGCGGCGUGGACUGGAUGAGGAAGCUGGCCUUCCGCUACCGGCGGGUCAAGGAGAUGUACAACACCUACAAGAACAACGUGGGCGGCUUGAUAGGCGCUCCCAAAAGAGAGACCUGGCUGCAGCUCAGGGCUGAGCUGGAAGCUCUGACCGACCUCUGGCUGACCCACUCCCUGAAGGCACUGAACCUCAUCCAUUCCCGGCCCAACUGUGUCAACGUGCUGGUCACCACCACUCAACUAAUCCCUGCCCUGGCCAAAGUCCUGCUGUACGGACUGGGCUCUGUGUUUCCAAUCGAGAAUAUCUACAGUGCAACCAAGACAGGGAAGGAGAGCUGCUUCGAGAGGAUAAUGCAGAGGUUCGGCCGGAAAGCCGUCUACAUCGUGAUUGGUGACGGGGUCGAAGAGGAGCAGGGAGCGAAAAAGCACAACAUGCCUUUCUGGCGGAUAUCCUGCCACGCCGACCUGGAGGCGCUGAGGCACGCCCUGGAGCUGGAGUAUUUAUAGCAGAACCCACGCAGCACCCCUGCCCGCCCAGGCGCCCCCCACCAGGCCCCUCGCCUCCCGCCAGACGCUGGACACCGGGCCGGGCCCCUGCAGCCGAGAGGAGCAGCCGGGACCGUCUCUGAAGCUGCUCUUCUCGUCCAGACGCGGGUCCGGAGCCGCAGAGCACCCAGCGGUGGCUUUGGGACGUUGAACUUUGGGGAGAAGGGCUGGCUGGGAGUCCAGACUUUCCUAGAGGCUCGCAGAGCAGAAGCGAGGCGUUGCUGAUCUGGGGGAGACCUGGGGACGAGGCGGGGACAGGCUCGGGUUUUCUUCUUCUUCUUAAUUUAUGGACGAAUCUCAUUCCCCGCUAUUAUGUUCUCAUUCCUGUGUCGUUGGUUUCCUUAGUCGUCGUCUGGUUUUGUGUUUUAAAGGGGCGUGUGGAGCGCCCGGGUUCUGAGGGAAGCACUCCGCUCCAAGGGUGCUCCGGGGGGACAAUCAUCUGUGAGCAGUCGGUGAGGGAGGCGAUUCGGGGCUGUGGGGAGACUGUUGCUUAUUUUUGUUUAAGGACCUAACCUGACGUCGUGUGGACAGUGCACGUGCCUUAUGCUGCCAUCUUGUUUUCUAGGGAGAGGGGACCCUGGGGAGGAGGCGGUACUUUGUGAUGGAGAAAAGGCAUUAAAUAAAACCACGUUUACAUUUUGAA